CUAAGUCUUGCUACCUAUGAAUACUGAUGCUGAUUCACUCUGUAAGCAGAGGACUAUAAAUCUAAUUAAAGCAAUCGCUCCCGCGUCGCAUAAUAAUCAGGCUUCCCUAGGCCAAGCAAGGAUCACCAGCUCUUUAGUAUAAAACAAUAUUAUUACCCUAGCUUAUUAUAUGUUUUAAUUCUGGGGCUCUUAUAUUAAGAUCUUGGUAUUCACCUUAUCAGAAAAGUUCAGGGUUGUUGGCACACAUUGAAUAUCACCAAAUUAUCUGGAGACCACUGGAAACGUUUCAUUUCAUCAUAGAACCUUAUACAUAAUCAACGGCAUGCCAGCUUCGCCAAAACAGAGGAAAAUUGCCAUUGUCGGCAGCAGAUCCGUCGGUAAAUCAUCUCUCACUGUUCGCUUUGUUGAACACCACUUUGUUGAGAGUUAUUAUCCAACAAUCGAGAACACAUUUAGCAAGAUCAUAAAACAUAAAGGUCAAGACUUUGCAACGGAGAUUGUUGAUACAGCUGGUCAAGAUGAAUACAGCAUUCUUAACUCCAAACAUUUCAUCGGGAUCCAUGGAUAUAUCAUUGUUUACUCAGUAGCCUCACAUCAGUCUCUUGAAAUGGUGAGGGUUAUUCGUGAUAAGAUUCUGAAUCAUUUAGGAGCUGAUCAGGUCCCCCUUGUAGUAGUUGGCAACAAGAGUGAUCUAAAAGCAGAGCAACGACAGGUUUCUCUGGACGAAGGGCGCUCCUUGGCGGACGAAUUUUCUUGCGCUUUCACCGAGGCCAGUGCUCGACUAGAUCACAAUGUUGCCAGGGCAUUUGAUCUUAUGAUCGGUGAAAUCGAGAAGUCUCAGAAUCCGUCGCAGCCUCCAGGAGGUAAUAAAUGUGUCCUUAUGUGAUUUUCUGUGGAGACGACAGGGGAUGUGAAAAUACUGCAUAACCAAUAAAGGAUAGUCGUAUCUCUGGCA